AUGCCGAGGUACCGCCCACGUGCACCCCGUCAUCCACCAUACCUGCCCCCUUAUCCACCCCCACCCUAUCAGCCGUAUCCGCCUCCGUACCCCUACCAACCUUACCCACAACCUCCAAUCCCACUCCAGCUUCCCUAUGACCCCUAUCAGCACCCAUACCCCCUCCCAAUCCCUGCCCCAUAUCUACCUCAUCCUCCGGUUCCGCAUUAUCCCUAUCAGCUCCCACCAAACUUCCAAGGUCCAUUUCUCCACCCUACCCAACCCUACUUAUUGCCCCCCCCUCAGCCGAUUCAGGAACUUCUGGAAGAAGCACCACCUGAGCCUCACCCCGAACAAGAGGACCCCAAUGAAGAAGUACCUGCUCCGGUGCAGCAUCAGCAACCAGAGGCAGCACCGGAGCCUCAGCCGCAGCCUGACGCAGCACCGGAGCCUCAGCCGCAGCCUGACGCAGCACCGGAGGAACAUGCCCCUAUAGUUAUUGAUGGCUUCGUUUUAGACCCCACACCGCCAUGCAGCCCGGCUCCCUCGCACGUCAGCAGCGAUGCAGGUGUACAGCAUGCCCCGUGGGAUUAUGAAGAAGAACUUCGAUUGGAUGUAUCCACUGAAGAGGAGGCAGAUGACCCACUUCCUGAGCAACAUCCCCAGCAACCAGUGCCCAAUGAUGAUCCACCACCCCCUCAACCACCUCCAUCACCGGAGACGGGGGUGAUGGUUGUUUUGACACCCAUUAUAUUCGGUGCGAAAGAACUUACACUUAGACAUAUUGUAAUACUUGACUUCUAUGAGUGGUAG